CGCACCACUCCUCCAUCUCUCUUAACACUCUCCCCCCACCAGAACAAAAAUGGGCUACGGCAGGCUCAGUGCUUCCGUACCAGCUGCUGGACCCUCAGAACCACCGCAUCCCGCCACGUCAAGUCGCAAAAGGAAACUUAUCCUCCUCUCUGUCCUGUCCUUCGCCUUGAUCAUCGCCUCCGCUGUCUCCGCUACUCUCUUAGUUGGGCUCCGGACACGGGCCUCGGGCGGAGGAUCCAGCCCAAGAAUCCAUUCCAAGCCCACUCAGGCUAUAUCCAAGACCUGCAGCAUGACUCGCUACCCGAGUCUCUGUGUCAACUCGCUCCUCGACUUCCCCGGCUCGCUGUCGGCCUCCGAGCAGGAUUUGGUCCACAUUUCCUUCAACAUGACGCUCCAGCACUUCAAUAGAGCACUCUAUCAGUCCGCCGGAAUCUCAUUCGUUCAGAUGGAUCCGCGUGUGAGAUCCGCCUACGACGAUUGUCUGGAGCUUCUAGAUGAUUCCGUCGACGCGCUCUCAAGCUCUCUCCUCUCCGUCGCGCCGAACGGGAAUAGUAACAACCGUGUGGGCUCCACUAACGAUGUUAUCACGUGGUUGAGCGCUGCUUUAACAAACCACGACACGUGUACGGAGGGAUUUGAGGGAGUGAGUGGAGACGUGAAGAAUCAGGUGUCGGCGAAGCUGAAAGACUUGGCUGAGAUGGUGAGUAAUUGCCUGGCAAUUUUCUCCGGGAGUGUGACUGACGACUUCUCGGGAGUGCCGAUACAGAACCGCCGGAGGUUGAUGGAGAAGGAGGAGGAGAUUUCGCCUGAAAAUAAGGAUGCAUUACCAGGAUGGUUAGGGAGGAAAGAGAGGGAGUUGCUGAAUAUGCCAAUUCCGGCCAUUCGGGCCGAUAUAAUCGUGUCGAAGGACGGGAACGGGACUUGUAAAACGAUCGCCGAAGCGAUUAAGAGGGCACCGGAGAAAAGUGAUCGGCGUACAAUUAUUUACGUGAGGGCAGGAAGGUAUGAAGAGGACAACUUGAAGGUAGGGAGGAAGAAGACCAAUUUGAUGUUCAUUGGAGAUGGGAAGGGCAAAACCAUAAUUACAGGAGGAAAAAGUGUGUUGGCAGAUAACAUUACUACAUUCCACACUGCUGCAUUCGCUGCAACAGGAGCCGGAUUUAUUGCACGGGACAUGACAUUUGAGAAUUAUGCCGGACCGGCCAAGCACCAAGCGGUGGCCCUCCGUGUUGGAGCCGACCAUGCCGUGGUCUUCCGGUGCAACAUUAUCGGUUACCAGGACACGCUAUACGUCCAUUCUAAUCGUCAAUUCUUCCGAGAAUGUGACAUUUACGGUACCGUGGACUUCAUAUUUGGUAACGCCGCCGUGGUACUACAAAAUUGUAGUAUUUAUGCCCGAAAGCCCAUGGACUUACAGAAAAACACCAUUACGGCUCAAAACCGAAAAGACCCGAAUCAAAAUACGGGUAUAUCCAUCCACGCAAGCAGGAUCUUCGCCACUCAGGAUCUCAGGGCAUCUAACGGUUCCUUCCAAACGUAUCUUGGCCGUCCAUGGAAGAUGUAUUCUAGGACUGUCUACAUGUUAUCAUACAUAGGUGAUCACGUACAACCUAAAGGGUGGUUAGAGUGGAAUGCCACGUUUGCAUUGGAUACGCUUUAUUAUGGCGAGUACAUGAAUUUCGGGCCAGGUGCGGCAAUCGGGCAACGGGUGAGAUGGCCGGGUUAUCGGGUCAUCACAGCCCCGCUUGAAGCCAGUAGGUUCACUGUGAGCCAAUUUAUUUAUGGAUCAACAUGGUUACCAUCCACCGGAGUUGCAUUCUUGGCUGGGCUUGAGGUUUAAGUUGUUUAUUUGUUUAAUAAAAAAUAUAUAUAUAGGCCAUAGCUCGUAAAUUAAUGUUGACCCGGAUCCAGAAAUGGGUUGGAGGUUAUUUACAUGUAAUUGUAAUUUAUAUAUUGUUCCUCUACAUUUUUUUCUCAUAAAUGUAUUAAUAAUGAUAAUUGUCAUUUCUCCUGA